AGCAGCAAACGUGGCGUAUUAGACUUUUUCUUUGUCUUGCACUUUUAUACGGUCAAAUAUCACUUUUAGCCAAAUGAAAGCAAUUUGAAUUUGAUUUUGAUUUCGAUUUUAGAGUCACAUCUACCACUUGCUUUUGCUAUUUGUUUACGUCAAAUUACAAUUUUAAUUAAUACACUGGAAUUAGGGAUUCAUUUUCUCGCCAAUUGCUAUGUUCGUUUGGUUGCAAGACAUCAUCAUCAUAAUCGUUAUUGUUAUUAUUAUUAUUAUUAUUUUUGCUCGGACUCGCAGUCGGAUUCUAAUAGGUAAAGCUAAAGACCAAUUGUCCCAAAAAGAUCACAGCACCAAUCCACGUGCUGAUUAAACCGAGCUCCACAUAAACCAACAACACACAAACAUUUCUCUUCAGCCUCACUUUGAACUCCGCUGUUUCAUCUCUACGGAGUCUACACACCAAACUGCCUUCAUUUUUGUUAACAUCCCUCACAGUCACCGAUUAGUCCAUCCCCAUCUAUCUCUACCUACCCCCAAAAUGCAUUACAAUAACCUCGGUCGCUCAGGCCUCAAGGUCAGCCAGCUCUCUUAUGGCUCCUGGGUCAGCUUCGGCAAUCAGCUCGACGUCAAGGAGGCCAAGUCCCUCUUGCAGUGCUGCCGUGACCACGGUGUUAACUUCUUUGAUAACGCUGAGGUUUAUGCCAAUGGAAGGGCCGAGGAGAUCAUGGGUCAAGCGAUCCGUGAGCUUGGAUGGAAGCGCUCUGAUAUUGUUGUCUCUACUAAGAUCUUCUGGGGAGGUUCCGGUCCUAACGAUAGGGGCUUGUCCAGGAAACAUAUUGUAGAAGGCACCAAAGCUUCGCUCAAGAGGCUGGAUAUGGAUUAUGUUGAUUUGAUUUACUGUCACCGGCCAGACUCCUCAACACCAAUUGAAGAAACAGUAAGGGCAAUGAAUUAUGUGAUUGAUAAGGGUUGGGCAUUUUAUUGGGGGACUAGUGAGUGGUCAGCACAGCAGAUCACUGAAGCAUGGGGCAUUGCAGAAAGAUUGGACUUGGUGGGGCCCAUUGUGGAGCAGCCAGAGUAUAAUUUACUCUCCAGACACAAGGUUGAGUCAGAGUACCUCCCUCUGUACACCAACUAUGGCCUGGGUCUCACCACAUGGAGUCCACUUGCAUCUGGGGUGCUUACUGGAAAGUACAACAAGGGAACUAUACCUUCUGAUAGCCGGUUUGCACUGGAAAAUUACAAAAAUCUUGCUAGCCGGUCACUGGUUGAUGAUGUUCUUAAAAAGGUUAGCGGACUGAAGCCAAUUGCUGACGAACUGGGUGUGCCUUUAUCUCAACUUGCAAUUGCAUGGUGUGCUGCUAAUCCAAAUGUGUCAUCAGUUAUUACUGGUGCUACAAAGGAGUCUCAGAUUCAAGAGAACAUGAAAGCCUUUGACGUCAUCCCCUUGUUGACUCCUGCUGUGAUGGAGAAGAUAGAGGCUGUUGUUCAAAGCAGGCCAAAACGUCCAGAUUCAUAUAGGUGAUUAUUGUACGUGUAUGGUUUCUAGGAUUUCCACAAAUUAUGUAGCAGAUUCAUUGUUCGGAUGCAUUGGAAAAGCAAACCUCGCUCCUUAGUUCUGUUAUCAUUUAAGUGCGCCUGGUGUAUUAUUAUAUCUAGUUUCAUUGCCUAGGAGCUUCUGAAAUCCACAAUUGAUUUUCGUUUGUGGGAGGUUCUCAUUUUACAUUUGAUGAUUGUUUCAUGGGUUGGUGGAUAUGCAUUGAUAAUGAUCACAAUGCUGAAUUGAUGAGAAUUGGUAGAAGAUGCCAAAUGUUUUUCUAUGUGAAUGCUUUGUUUUGUUCUUUUUAAUAUUAUUAUUAUAAUUAUAAUUA